GCAACACUGGCCAUAGCUGUCAAACGAGUACUUAUACUGUGAAAAAUGUCUGAAUUUCGUUUCGCUAUUUAUGGCUUGCCGAAAAUUAUAUUUAUUGUGUGAAUUAUAGAAAAUGUGAAGUGUAUUGUUAAAAAUAUGGCUUUUGAGUACGUUGUGGUGAAACAAGAAAUUGAGGACGUUACUGAAGAUGGUGAUGAAAAGGCUGAUUCUUCGGAGACACUAGAUUCCAGGGGACUGCCUCAGUCCGUGAAUAUUAAAUUGGAAAUAGAAGUGCCACCGCUUGCUAUCAGCAUAAAAACGGAACCUGAAGAUGAGCCACAAACACCCUACGAUCCUCCCACGCAGGAGCCUCCCAGCUUCGCCACGGGGGCUGUGGACCCACCACCAGACAACUCCUCACUGACUGAAACACAGAGCACCCUGCAUCCUGCACCACAACCGAAUGUGUUAUAUGUAAAGUCAGAACCGGAUUGUGAAGAUGCCACGUCCCAGGAAGCGAACCUGCAGAUAGCGGAAGACGGGCAUCUAUCAGACAUACCGGAGCCAGAGGAUCCGGUCUACGAAGGAACAUCAGAUCUGUCUGACUACCCCAGUUCGGAUGACCUCGCUGAACUGAAGGCUACUACCUCACGAGUGGAGUAUAAGAAGUACUACGCAGUGAGUCCAGAAGGUCGCUUCAUCUGCAGGAUAUGUCGCAAAACUUUCGCAAACAGCGGCAAUGUAGUCCGCCACCUUUUACUGCACACGCGCAAAACGAUGAAAUGUCCCCAGUGUCCUGGACAGUUUCUCAACAAAAUCAGACUAGACAGGCACAUCUUUAAAAAGCACACACACACAGACCCAGACCUCAAAAGCUAUGCAUGCGACACCUGCCCAAAGAAGUUCAAAUCCUCCUCAAACUUAAUGCAACAUAAAAAGACCCAUUUAAAAGAUAAACCGUUUAAAUGCCCCAAUUGUUCACACGCGUUCUCAUUCCGCACUAAUUUGAAGAAGCAUCUUGAUAGAAAAGACCGCUGUAAAGUUCAAACUAAUGAUCCGAUUGUAUGCACGGUCUGCGAUAAGACCUUUGAAAAAGAAUCCAUGUUGAAAUCUCACCUCAAAAAGCAUGAUACGGAACGCCCUUUUGCAUGCGAAAUUUGCAAAAUGACCUUUAAAUACAAAAACACCUUAAUUCGACACAUGAUGCUGCAUGAAGACAGCAGACCUUACUCCUGUCCGGUUUGCGGUAAAGGGUUUACGUGCUCCGGUCUUCUAAAACCCCAUAUGAGAGUUCAUACUGGUGAAAAACCCUUUACAUGUGAGAUUUGCAAGAAGAAGUUUUCUCAUAAACAUAAUAUGCAACGUCACAUGCUUGGGCAUGAAAAAGUGAAGCAUACCGUUUGUGAUAUAUGCCAUAAAGAAUUUCCUAGGGAGAGUAGACUCAAAUACCAUAUGAGAACACAUAUAAAUGAGAAAUAUUUCCUCUGCCAUGUGUGUCCUAAGAGAUUUUCUCAUAAACAGAAUGUUUUGCGCCAUUAUACUAGAAAGCAUCCUGGGCAGACCUAUACGUGUAAAGAUACUGAUGCAUCUAUUGCUCUGAAGGUCUGGGACACUAUCAAGAGUAAAUAUGGACCUGACGAUGAAGCUGAAGUCAUUAUUAGUUGAAGAGGCUUUGUCUUUAGUCUGGGGUGUCUAAUUCUAGUAUUUUUAUGGGCUGUUAUAAGCGGAGGGAAGUGGAAGCGGCUAGUAUUCUUCGUAUCGUCACGCCUUUUUCGUCCCUGAAUGGGUUGGUAGAGGUGCACAUUACGGCACGUAAUGCCUCUUCUUUUUUCGUGGGACAAGCCCGCCACAACCUCCCAUACCGCUGCAACUCCUGUGCACCAGGAUCUACAGUAGAUACUACCAUGCAAACACCGGAACACUGAAGUCCAACGUCACAGGGACAUGAAUGACUGUCUUGGAUCCCGCAACGAAAUAAAUCAGAAGAUAUUAUUAAGUGUUUGCAUGGUUGUAUCUACUGUAGAUCCUGGUGUACAGGAGUUGCAGCGGUUUUGGUACGUUAUGGAACAUUGAAGUCGCGUUAGAGGUAAUCCCAAAUUAUUGAAUUUAAUAAUCAUAUGUAAUUUGCAAUUUGAUCGAAUACCAAACGCUUAUAUGUAAGAUACGCAUUUGAUUUUAAUUAAAAUUUUGAACGCCGUACUCAGAGUCAUUUAAUGAUUACUUAACCCAGUCCUUAGCAAUUGUUGUAGGAACAAAAUCGUUACUAAGGAAUAGUUUAAGUAAUCAUUAAAUGUCUCUGAGUAUAGGAGUAAGAGGCUUUGUUGCUUAUUGUAAAUAACGCCAUCUCUUAUAAGUAUUAGGAACUAAUAAUAAGUUUAAAAAAUUUCGCAGUAGCAAUAUAUACACCUAGUAAUAUAUUGGCACAUUUACGGUUUUCAUAGUUUACCUAACUUGUUUAGUUUUAAGUUUACUGACCAAUGAACCGUUGUUUUACGUGCGUGAGGGA